AUGUUAACAAGAUGGCUUCGAAAUGGAACUGAAAUCGACAUUGAAAGUGAUUAUCGCUACAGUUUAAUAGAAGGAAGUCUGAUGAUCAAUAACCCCAGUGAAAUGAAGGAUUCUGGACAGUAUCAGUGUUUAACCACCAACAUGUUUGGCAGUAUUUUAAGCAGAGAAGCUGUUCUACAGUUUGCAUAUCUGGGGAAUUUUAGCGGCCGGACAAGAAGCGCUGUCUCUGUACGGGAAGGUCAAGGAGUUGUUCUGAUGUGCUCCCCUCCACUUCACUCGCCAGAGAUCAUCUAUAGCUGGGUAUUUAAUGAAUUCCCAUCUUUUGUGACAGAAGACAGCAGACGCUUCAUCUCUCAGGACACAGGCAAUCUCUACAUCUCCAAGGUGCAAACAUCUGAUGUUGGCAGCUAUAUAUGCCUGGUAAAAAACACAGUGACAAAUGCCAGAGUUUUGAGUCCUCCUACACCUCUGACACUGAGAAAUGAUGGUGUGAUGGGGGAGUAUGAACCAAAAAUUGAAGUCCAUUUUCCUUACACAGUUACAGCUGCAAGGGGAACUACUGUUAAGAUGGAGUGUUUUGCACUUGGCAACCCUGUUCCAACAAUCUCUUGGAAGAAAGUUAAUGGUCAUAAUCCAAGUAAAGCCCGCCUGAGAAAAUCCCAAGCUGUGCUUGAAAUACCUAAUGUGCAGCUAGAGGAUGCGGGAAUGUAUGAAUGUAAGGCUGAAAACUCUCGUGGAAGAAAUGUCUUCAGAGGACAGCUACAAGUGUACACAUACCCACAUUGGGUGGAGAAACUUAAUGACACUCAAUUAGACAGUGGAGAUCAGCUCCGAUGGGAAUGUAAAGCCACUGGAAAGCCAAGGCCCACAUAUCAUUGGCUGAAAAAUGGAGUUCCUCUCUGGCCACAGAACAGGAUUGAGAUGGUUAAUGGUGUUCUGGUGAUCCACAGUGUGAAUGUCUCAGAUGCUGGAAUGUAUCAAUGCUUAGCAGAAAAUAAGUAUGGUACCAUUUAUGCCAGUGCCGAGCUGAAGAUUUUAGCUUCAGCUCCCACUUUCCCACUAAAUCAAAUGAAGAAAACAAUAAUUAUUACCAAGGGCCAAGAAGUUCUCAUUGAGUGCAAGCCACAAGCCUCUCCAAAGCCAACUAUCACUUGGAAGAAAGGAGACAAAGCAUUAAGGGAGAGUAAGAGAAUAACUAUACUUCCACAUGGGAGCCUGCGAAUCGUUAAUGCUUCCAAGUCUGAUGAAGGUCGGUACUCAUGCCAAGGUGUAAAUGUAUUUGGAUCUGCAGAAAUCAUUGCAUCAGUGUCUGUUAAAGAACCUACAAGAAUAGAGCUUACUCCCAAGAAGAUAGAGUUAACGGUUGGAGAAAGCAUUGUCCUCAGUUGCAAAGCCCUUCAUGACAGCACACUAGAUGUCACUUUCUAUUGGACACUCAAUGGGCAGCCGAUUGACUUUGAAAAAGAAGGUGGACACUUUGAAAGCAUCAAGGCACAACCAUCCUCUGCAGAUUUAAUGAUCAGAAACAUCCUCCUGAUGCAUGCUGGGAGAUACGGCUGCAGGGUUCAGACGACAGCAGACACCGUGUCAGAUGAGACAGAGCUACUUGUUAGGGGUCCUCCUGGUCCCCCAGGGGUUGUAAUAGUGGAGGAAAUUUCAGACACAACAGCAACACUUUCCUGGAGUCCUGGGGCAGACAAUCACAGCCCUAUCUCCCUCUACAACCUGCAAGCACGCAGUCCAUUUUCUCUUGGCUGGCAGACCGUAAAAACAGUUCCAGAUGUGAUAAGUGGUGACAUGGAGUCCGCUAUGGCUGUCGAACUGAACCCUUGGGUGGAGUAUGAGUUCCGAGUUGUAGCAACCAACAAAAUUGGGACUGGAGACCCAAGUACACCAUCGCGAAUGAUAAGAACCAACGAAGCAGUUCCAAAGACACCUCCAGCUAAUGUAAGUGGCAGAAGUGGAAGGCGACAUGAAUUAGUAAUAGCAUGGGAGCCAGUGUCAGAAGAGUUUCAGAAUGGACAAGGAUUUGGAUAUAUUGUAGCCUUCAGACCCAAUGGAACCCGUGGCUGGAAGGAAAAAAUGGUGACAUCUUCAGAUGCCUCGAAGUUCAUCUACAGAGAUGAAAGUGUGCCACCUCUGACUCCUUUUGAGGUGAAGGUUGGUGUUUACAACAACAAAGGAGAUGGUCCCUUCAGCCCUAUUGUGGUCAUCUGCUCAGCUGAAGGAGAACCCACUGCUGCUCCCAUCGAUGUCAAAGCUACAAGUUUGUCUGUAUCAGAGAUUCUUGUUGCGUGGAAACAUAUUAAAGAAAGUCUAGGAAGACCACAGGGAUUUGAGGUUGGUUACUGGAAGGACAUGGAGCAGGAAGAAGCAGCAGAAAAAGUCAAAACUGAGGGAAAUGAGUCAUCCAUUCUCCUGACAGGAUUAGAAGGAAAUACAUUAUAUCACCUAACAGUGAGGGCAUACAAUGCUGCAGGGUAUGGACCACCUAGCACUGCUGUGCAGGCAGCAACCAAGAAGUCCCCUCCCAGCCAAGCACCAGGCAAUGUUAUGUGGAUACAGGAUGGCUCUCAUGUUUCUCUUGGGUGGGAGCCAGUCAAAUCUCUAGCUAAUGAAUCUGAUGUAAUGGGAUACAAGGUAUUAUUUAGGCAAGAAGGCCAGAGCAACAGUCAAGUUAUAGAAACACAGAAAACCUCCGCAGUGGUACUUCUUCCCGAUGUUGGUGUCUACAUCAUUGAGGUCUGUGCUGUCAGUGAAGGAGGAGAUGGGACUGCGAGUCCCCAAAUCAGAGUUCCAUCUCUUGCAGGAGGGAAAGUAACAAGUGCUCAAUCCACCUUACAUGUGUUGUCUACUUCCUCGUCCUCUGUAACACUGAUUUUGGCAUUGAUGGUUCCUUCAGCUUCAUGGUGA